ACAAAACUAGACAAGCUCAGAGGAGGGAAGGAGAUGAAGCACUCACGCAGAGGAAAAAGCUGCUAGGACAUUAUUAUUCCUGCUGAACACUUCUCCUCACCAUGAUGACAACGAAGAGAUUAGACAACUUUGAGGUGGUGUGUGAGUGGGAUUCGUGCACUUUCAAAGGCCACACCAUGGAGGAGUUGAGCGAUCACAUGUCCCAACAUCUGAAGGACUACCUGGGAGACAAAGACACUCUGGAGGAGCUGGAUGAAUAUGCUUGUCUCUGGAAUGGAUGUGAAUUUUUGUCUAUGGGUAGUCCUACGGAGCUGGAGGUGCACGCGUACUUCCACAACUAUCAUGGUAAGCUUAAGUUUGUUGGAUCACAGCUGCUGAGGUCCCGUCCGGACCUACCCAGCUGCAACCAAGGCAUGCACAGCAGCAACCUGGUGCCAGAGGGAUCCGAUGGGUUCGUUUGCCAAUGGGAGCAUUGUGAUAGCACAUUCAAUAAUCCGGAGUGGUUUUACCGUCACGUGGACAACCACGUGGAAAGUGCUGAGCAGCAGUCGCUUCUGCAGCAGCAGCAGCAGGCGCUCUUCUGCGGCUGGGCAGGCUGCGACGCCUUCUUCAAGAUCAGGUACCGGCUGAGAGAGCACAUGCGGAGUCACACUCAGGAGAGACUGGUAGCUUGUCCCACGUGUGGCAGCAUGUUUUCCAGCAACACAAAACUGUUUGACCACCUCCACCGGCAGGCCGAGCCAAUAGAGUCCCUGGUAUGUGAACAUUGUGGCAAAGCUUUUUCCAGUGAGAGGCUAUUGAGAGAUCACAUUCGUCAACACGUGAAUCAGGUGAAGUGUCCCUUCUGUGAUAUGACCUGUACCACUUUGGCGGCCCUGAAGAUUCACAUCAGAUUCCGUCACUGUGACGAGCGACCGUUCCCGUGUGACUUCUGUGACAAAAGAUUUAAGAAUCAGCGUGAUCUCCAAAAGCAUACCGAGGUGCAUAAUGAGGGCACCGUCUAUCACUGCACAGUGGAGGGAUGCGAUUAUUCCUGUCACACGUUCCAAACCAUGAGCCACCACUUCAAGAGAGUCCACGAGGUGGGGGGGCAGUCAAAAUAUAAAUGCCACAUCUGUGAUAAAGUCUUCUCCUGGUGUUACACCCUCACGCUUCACCUCCGAAAGAAACAUGAGCUGAAAUGGCCCUCUGGACAUUCCCGCUUCAGAUACAGGAAGGACGUGGACGGCUUCCUAAAAGUGAACAUGGUGCGGUUCGAGACCGUUGAGGUGACAAAGGAGAUCAUGAAGAACAUGGCCAAAAAGCCGCAAAGUCAGAGGUCCGGCGGCCGCAGCAGGAAGGCCGCCGCCACGCCCGAGAGCGGCCGGAGCUCCCCCACGGGAUCCUCCUCGCCCUCCUCCAGCUCCUCGUCUUCCUACUCCUCAGACCUCUCAGCGGGGGAGGACAUGUCCUCUCAGCACAGCCCCAGAGCCGGCGACUCCCCCGUGUACUGCGUGAUGAGCACCAUCCCUCACAUUGAGGACGAGCCGGGGGGGCCGGCCCAGGACGACUGCGACGGCGGGGGGACGUCCGUGGCCGUCCAGGCUCUGACCGCAGUGGCCUGGGGCCUUGGCAUGGACGUGGUUUGAACGUGUAGUGUGUUGUUGUUUUUUGUUGUUUUUUUGUGAGCUAUCAGAAAACGCAGGGUUCAAACAGCCUUUUUUCUGCUGCAGUCGCCAGCAGACGGUCAGUUCAAUUCAUAAAAGCAUUUUAUUGUUUUCAAAUAAUUUAUAGAACUUCUCUGUCUCUCAGUGGCUGGUCAACCCGCCUAAUAGAUUGUUUAAAAAUGAGGGUUUCCAAGUAUUUUUUGGAACAAACAGUAAUUGUUAAAAGGUUUUAGACUUAAUUGAAUGACUGAAAAUCAUUCAAUUUUAUACUUUGCAAAAAAGUCCUGGAAAGGAGUUUGUCCCACCCAUCGUGGUCAGGUUUGUUGCUGAAUUACAAGCAGCACCUGCUGGGGAAAAGUGGCCUGUUAUCCCGACAGUGGCACGAGCUGCUUAUGUCUGGUUUUCCUCUCUUUGUCAGUCACACGCUCACAUGGAGCUUUUAUGCAAAUGCGCACCAAUCAGCAGCUGUUUAAUUACAGGGCCCGAACCCUCGGCGGAGCCGUCCGUUAGCAGCUGCUGCGCUGGAAAAACGCACAGAGUUACAUUCCAGUCAGACCUGUCAUAUUCAUGUUUAGUGGCUUUAAAAAGCCUGAUAAUAAUCCGAUCCAGCCGUAUUUUCUAUCAUUCCCAUGUCAGUGAUAUGUGGCCCUUUAGUCUCUGGAUGCGUCGGUGAGCAGCUCUACUGGGAUGGUUUGAUCACAGGCUGCGACGGAACCGCAGCUUGGGAAACCAAUGUGAAAAUGCAGUCAUGGCUUAAAUGGGAGUUGUUUUCUGUUAGAAUUCUAUAUGAUUGAUCAGUGAUUGCCUUCAGGUGGGCCGGGAUCUGAGCAUGUGGGGGUAUCUGUCCAGGAUGCGACAUGGUGGAGUCAGCUUGAAUAUUUUUCUUUAAGGUGUAUAUUUUUUCCUUUAAAUUAUUAACGUUAAGUCUUAUUUCAGGCUACUGUUUGUCUCGCAUGUUAAACACAGUAAGUAGCAGAAAUGCAUGGGCCUGUUUUUGAAGCCCGCAGACACGAAGUGGAUAUGGAUCUUUUCCCUCCUUUCCCUGCUGACAUUAGUCAAACCCCACAGCACUCAACUGGUAUCUCGACUAAGAAGUUCUAAACGGCAGAUUGCUCCCACGUGGGGAGCCGAGUCCUGCCGUGGACUGUGCUGUACAUCUGGAGCUGGUGCUCAUGGAACGUCAUUUCUUUAGAGCACUGCAAAAGCACGUGUAGGUCAUAAUUUUUCCAGGAUGUUGCUCACCAGAAGGUUUCAGAAAAUAUCAUUUGGAUUGUAGCCUUGAAAUAUUGCUAGAUUUUAGUGUUGCACAUUUUUUAAAAUAAAU